AUGCUCCAUGAAAGCCUUCCUGGACCCUCACACUCCUUCCAAUACACGUCCAUCUCCCAAGGCAGCAUUCGCAUCUUGCUCCUCCUUCCUGGCCUGCCCGGCGAUGCUCUCCGCGGUCAACUGCAACACCACCCGGUUGACGAGCUUCCAAAGUAUCACGCCAUCUCGUAUGCAUGGGGAAAUCCGGUCUUCGAGUCCGCUUUAGAGCUCGACGAUGGCAGCCUCGCCAUCACCGAAUCCUUGGAGGGUGCUUUACGACAGUUCCGAAAUGAGGAGCAUGCGACAAUGUUCUGGGCUGACCAGGUAUGCAUUGAUCAGCAGAACAUGAGCGAGAGAUCGCAGCAAGUGGUUUUGAUGUCAGAAGUCUACAGUCAGGCUGAAAACGUCUUGGUCUGGCUUGGAAUGGACGGUCCAGGCGAUCGCAUUGCAUUUCGAGCAGUCGCAAGCAUCUUGAACCGAAUCCCCGGCGAGUCUCUGUUGCAUCUCAGGUCACGGAUUGCCAAAGAUGUUCAUGCCAUCGUGGGACAGCAGUGCUUGGACAAGACCGCACGGCUGCCCAAGACCGACGCCAUGAAUGACACCGAGCUAUUCGAGUUCGCUGCAGGAACACUCUCGCAACUCCUGGAACGCGCAUACUUUGGUCGCCUCUGGCCUGUGCAGGAAAUUAUCCUUGCUCGCACAGCUUCUCAUGAUGUAUAUGCAGGUGCUUGGCCAAACAUCACUUUUCACUGUGGAGAGCUCUCCGCAACUUUUGCCGACAUCUCACUCUGCCUGGCAACAUUCGAACACACCAUCUUCAAUCAACAAGCCCGGCCUCGAAAACCUUGGGUGUUCAGUAAAAGCUGGUGUCAUAGUCGUGUCUUGAAAACCGCACUGCUCACCAUGGUGGACGCAUAUGAGCUUCAAACUGCUGUGGUCCACGACAGAUUGUAUGCAAUCCGCAAUCUGACUACCGAUGGUCUGAGUGAGAUGCUGACACCGGAUUACGCACUCCCACCAGAGGAGUUAUGGAGGAGAACGGCACUUUGUAGCCUACGGCCGCGAUGCGACAAGGACUCGUCACCGUGUCAUGUCCACAUUUACCACCACAAAUCUAUUUUGCUUGCGCUUGCCGGCAUCUCAAGAGCAAAUGGCGAUGUACUCCCUUGGUCGUGGGUAUCAGAUAUGAGCAGGCUGACUCAAAAACACCUCAACAAGAGUAGGCAGUACGAGAUGGCAAAAUUUCAAGCUGGAAGUCCUGCAGAGACGAGUCGCAAGCAAAGCAGCUUUUUCUGCGACCCAAAGUUCCCCGACGUCAUACAGGCGAUGGCAGGCGUCGUUGCUAGAGUCGAUGGAGUCCUCACAAACUCCUCCCUCGAAACGGAGGACAUUUCAAGUAUGGUGUCUUGUUAUCUUACUUGUCGACAAUUCGUCUGCGAGAGGAGCGGUCCGUCUUCAAAGUCUCUACAAAACUUUCGAUCUUUCUUCCAACAAGGGCAACGUCCGGCGAACAGCACUGUAGCUACUGGAACCCUGCGAUCCGAGCACAAUGACCUCGCGAUAUCGCAGCAUCGCUUGGCUACGGGAGAUAAAGUUGAUGCCUCCACAGUCUACAACGAUUUGGCGACGUAUACGACAUUUGACAGCGAUGCGCUUUCACAGCAGCCGUCGUUCGACGAUACCCACAUCCUGGCGCACUUUGAUGAUGGACGAUUUGGAUGGAUUCCUCAUACCGCCACCAAAGACGACGUUGCUGUCAUCUUACAUGAUGCGCCUUUUCCGUUCAUCUUCCGCGAGAAUGACGACGGUACUUUCACCAACAAAGGUGACUGUUAUAUCCAUGGAGCAAUGCAUGGUGAGGCUUGGCCGUUGAGUAAGAAUGGGCGAUCUAGUGAGGGAAUCAUGAAGCCAGUCAAGAUUCGCUGA